AUGGUGAAGAAGGCUAUAGACUCACGUAUACCUGCACUAGUGCGGAAUGGUGCACAGACGAAGCAAAGAUCGUUUUUCAUCAUAGUUGGUGACAAGGCCAGGAACCAGCUGCCUAACCUGCACUACUUGAUGAUGAGUGCGGACCUGAAGAUGAACAAAUCUGUGCUUUGGGCGUAUAAGAAGAAACUUGAAGGUUUUACAUCCCACAGAAAGAAGAGAGAAGCGAAAAUCAAGAAGGAGAUCAAGAGAGGCACUAGAGAAGUGAACGAGCAAGAUCCGUUUGAAACCUUUAUUUCGAACCAGAAGAUCAGAUACUGCUACUAUAAGGAGACCGAGAAGAUUUUGGGUAAUACCUAUGGUAUGUGUAUUCUCCAGGAUUUUGAGGCUCUGACUCCAAACUUGCUUGCUAGGACAAUUGAAACUGUUGAAGGUGGUGGGCUGAUUGUGAUAAUGCUUAAGUCCAUGAAGUCUUUGAAGCAACUUUACACAAUUCCUAUGGAUAUACAUAGUAGAUACAGAACAGAAGCACAUAACGAUGUUGUUGCUCGUUUCAACGAACGGUUUAUUUUAUCUUUGGGAUCGAAUGAGAACUGUUUGGUAGUAGAUGACGAAUUGAAUGUUCUUCCUAUAUCUGGUGGUAAAAACGUCAAGCCAUUGGUUCCUAAGGAUGACGAUGAGUUAACACCAAAGCAACAGGAACUAAUUGAGCUUAAGGAAUCUUUGAAAGAUGUGCAACCUGCUGGUGCUUUAAUUGACAUGUCAAAGACUGUCAAUCAAGCGCAGGCUAUUUUAACUUUUAUCGAUGCCAUCUCAGAAAAAACGCUAAACUCUACUGUCACAUUGACAGCUGGCAGAGGUAGAGGUAAAUCUGCUGCUUUGGGUAUUGCGAUUGCAGCUGCAGUAUCGCAUGGUUAUUCUAACAUUUUUGUUACCUCACCUUCACCAGAAAAUUUGAGGACAUUAUUUGAAUUCAUUUUCAAAGGUUUUGAUGCACUAGGAUUCCAGGAGCAUAUUGACUACGACAUAAUACAAUCUACUAAUCCUGCAUUCAAUAAGGCUAUUGUUAGAGUUGACAUCAAAAGGGACCACAGGCAAACCAUCCAAUACAUUGACCCAAGUGAUUCACAUGUUCUAGGACAGGCCGAACUGGUUGUAAUUGAUGAAGCAGCUGCUAUUCCUCUACCUAUAGUAAAAAAACUACUAGGUCCUUAUUUGGUUUUUAUGGCCUCAACGAUCAAUGGUUACGAAGGUACUGGUAGAUCCUUAUCCUUAAAAUUGAUCCAGCAAUUGCGUCAACAAACAACUGGUAAUGGGCGUGAAGGAUCCGAGACUGCAUUGGCUUCUAGAGACAAUAAGCCACUUGAUGCGCAGAGCAGCGGUCGUACACUUCGGGAAGUUGUUUUGGAUGAGCCAAUUAGAUACGCUCCAGGCGAUCCAGUUGAAAAAUGGUUGAACAAACUUUUAUGCUUAGAUGUGACUUUAAUAAAGAACUCCAGGUUUGCAACCAGAGGUACCCCUCAUCCAUCACAAUGUAAUCUUUUUAUUGUGAACAGGGACACAUUGUUUUCAUAUCAUCCUGUUUCUGAGAGCUUCUUGGAAAAGAUGAUGAGUUUGUAUGUUGCAUCACAUUACAAAAAUUCUCCCAAUGAUUUACAGUUAAUGAGUGAUGCACCUGCCCACCAAUUGUUUGUUUUGUUGCCUCCUAUUGAUGCUAAAGAUGGUGGCAGAAUCCCCGAUCCUUUAGUUGUCGUUCAAGUUGCUUUGGAAGGUGAGAUUUCUAAAGAUUCGGUUAGAAAGUCUCUAUCUAGAGGACAAAGAGCUGGUGGUGACUUGAUCCCAUGGUUGGUUUCACAGCAAUUCCAGGACGAGGAGUUUGCUGGUUUGAGUGGUGCUCGUAUUGUUAGAAUUGCUACUAACCCAGAGUACGCUUCUAUGGGAUAUGGUUCCCGUGCUAUUGAAUUGUUGAGAGACUAUUACGAACAGAAGUUUACUGACUUAUCAGAGGAUACUAAGCCAGUUGACUAUAGCAUCAAGAGGAUUAGUGAUAAGGAGUUGUUGAAUUCUAACCUUCUAAAGGACGAAAUUAAGUUAAGAGAUUCAAAAACUCUACCACCUUUGUUACUAAAGCUUUCUGACCAACCACCACAUUACUUGCACUACCUAGGUGUAUCAUAUGGGCUAACCAGUUCAUUGCACAAAUUCUGGAAGAGGAACAAUUUUGUUCCAGUGUACUUGCGUCAAACGGCCAAUGAUUUGACUGGUGAGCACACAUGUGUGAUGUUGCACGUCUUGGAAGGCCGUAACUCCAAAUGGCUUGUAGCAUUUGCUAAGGAUUUUCACAAGCGGUUCUUGUCAUUACUAUCUUAUGAUUUUAGCAAGUUUUCCGCCGUUCAAGCACUAAACAUCAUAGAGAGCACUAAGAGCGCCGAGAAACUGCUUCCCGACAGCCAGGAGAAAGUAGAAUACCAACCUGUUGAAUUAAAUCGGGAAAGGUUGUACGAGAUGCUUUCACCUUACGACUUGAAGAGAAUAGAUAGCUAUUCCAACAACCUGCUUGAUUACCACGUGAUUGUUGAUCUACUACCCGUGUUGGCUCUUCUUUACUUUAGUGGUAGGCUAGGAGGCAAUCUAACGCUCUCUAGUGUACAGGCAUCUAUUCUACUUGCUAUUGGUUUGCAACACAAGAGCAUUACCGACAUUGGAAACGAGUUGAACCUACCUUCAAACCAGACCAUUGCUAUGUUCGCCAAAGUUAUCAGAAAAUUCUCAAGCUAUUUCCGCAGCUUAUUGAGUUCCUCGAUAGAAGACGCAAUGCCAGAGGUCAACAACAACCAAUUAUCUGAAUUGGGUGACAAUACUAGAGAAUAUGACGCGGCAGAAGCUUUGGACCAGAUGAAUGACGAUCUUGAAGAAGCUGGGAAUGAAGCAACUAAAGCCAUGAGGUUAAAGCAAAAGGAAUUGAUUAACUCACUCAAUCUGAAUAAGUACGCUAUUGACCAAGAUGACGAAGAAUGGGCCGAGUCCCAAUCUCAGUUAGAGAAAGCUGCCAAGACUAAUGGUACAAUCAGUGUUAAAUCCAAGAAAAAGAGAAAGCAAGAAAAAGCUGAAGAUAUUUACAAAGAAGAAAUGAAUGCAUUGAAGAAGCACAAGAAGACUAGUAAACGCUAG